CUGCACCAGCCUGACUUUUCUAGAUCCCUAGCUGCCUGAGAGAGGGGGGGCCAAGUUUGUUAAAAGAGGGUAAGCCGCAGGGAGUCACCUUGCUGCCUAACCUUAUGUAGAAAUUCAGGACUGGGCCCUGUCUCUUAGCCCAAGGGCCUGUACUUACUAUGGGGGUGGGUGCACAGUUAAGUUUUGGCAGAGGUGGAGCAGGCCUGGAAGAACUCACACUUUUGGGCAUGAGGAUCCAGGUGCAGUGGGCCUCAGAGAUCAUACCUCCUGCUCCUCACCCUCCUGCCUUGGCUGGUCACAGGGCCUUCCUCAAAGCUUUAGGACCAAGGUCCCCCAAUUCUUCUAACACCAGGAACAGUGGUAGGGUCAAGCUCCUCCCUCUUGUCUUGGAUUGGGGAUGGGGUGGGGAGGAUUCCUCCACAGUCCCUGCCCUCUCCCAUGUAAUUACCAUUUUGGCCACUCCUCUGAACUUUGGCUCCAUAGAUCUAUCUGGACACCCACCUGUAUGGCUCCAGGCACUCCAGCUCAACCUGCGCCUCCUCCUCCUGGGUCCCCAUCUGAGAGAUGGUGUGUCCAGCCAGGCCAGCAAAGAGUUGAAAUUCACAAACUGCGUCAAGGUGAGAACUUAAUCCUGGGCUUCAGCAUUGGAGGCGGAAUUGACCAGGAUCCGUCCCAGAAUCCCUUCUCAGAAGAUAAGACAGACAAGGGCAUUUACGUCACACGGGUGUCUGAAGGAGGCCCUGCUGAAAUUGCUGGGUUGCAGAUUGGGGACAAGAUCAUGCAGGUGAACGGCUGGGACAUGACCAUGGUCACACAUGACCAGGCCCGGAAGCGGCUCACCAAGCGUUCAGAGGAGGUGGUGCGACUGCUGGUGACACGGCAGUCACUGCAGAAGGCUGUGCAGCAGUCCAUGCUGUCCUAGCAGCCCUCCAUCGUCUGUGCCUGCCUGCUUGCCUAUUUGUACAGUGACAUCACUUCCACACUGUCUGCCUCUCAUCCUGGCUUCUAAGUGCUGGGCCCCAGCUCAGAAGGGCAACCACUGACCCCAGAGGCCUGACCCAAUUCUACUUCCCCUCUUCCGACUUUGGGACCAGCUCCCUUCCUUGGACACUGAGGACUGGAUACAGGGCAUGGGGCUGAGUGGUAGCCAGUCUGCAGUGACCAAAGGCUCGGUCUCCAGACUCUGCUGCUUGGCCACAGCAAUGCCCAGGCAAGGGGGAAACACCAUUUCCUGGGAGCCACCAAUGCUGGGAAAUGCCAGGCGGGCUGGCAUUUCCUGCUUUGCCCUGCCCCAUACUGCCUGCGCCCCCUCCGCAGUACCUGUGCCCUCUGCUUUUCCCUGUGUUGCCCAGUGGGGAACAGGACACACACACUGCCAGGGGCAUGACAGUUUGCCUGGGUGGAAGCCAGGCAGGCUCCCUGUUCACCUCUAUUCUCCCAAAGGCUGCUGGCCUCCCGAGGGUUUGCUUGCUUACAGGAUUUAGAGAGGUUCAAGGCUGACAUUUCAGCACAGCUCUCAGGAUUGCUAUUUUCCUCUAUGCCUGUGGGUUUAACUUUUGUAUUUUUUUAAUCACAACUUUGAUAUAAAAUUUAUCUUACUUUUUGGAGAUGCCAGUCCUACUUUUGAAUGUUGCUUCCUAAUUCACGUUUAAGAACAGCUGCUCUUACCAAGUGUACAAGCCUUACCUUGUUAACUGUGGAAAUGGGGCAGCAGCACGUGUCUCUUACCCCAUGUUGUGUGUACAAUAAACAAUGCUGGAAUUCA